AUAUUUGCUGCAGAAUUGCACGGGAGUCCUUCGCAGCUGGACUAGAACAACAACGAUUCUUCCCAAACAAAGACACCGAAGCUGGAAUUCGAACCUUGCCGACGAGCCCAAACCCCGCUCUCUCUCUUAUGGGAUGUUGCUCUAAGAGCACGAGGAACACUCAAUUGGAACUGAAGCUGAGACCCUACUUCUCAGUUAACGUUUUCGGUGUUAGGGACAAUGAAUAGGGAUGGUGAUCUACUUUGCCGUCACAAGUAUGACAUGGAUACAGGACUUCAAUCAUCAAAUAAGUUGGAUUUGAACAUUGAGCAGGAGUGUCGCAGCCCUAAACUUAGCAAUGUUAGCUCAGUGCAGUCCAAUCUUUCAUCAAAAGAUGAAGCCAAUUCAAAAGGGGUACUAAAAAUUGGCAUGGAGUUUGAAUCAGAUGAGCAUGCAUACAGAUUUUAUAGUAAGUAUGCUGAAUUGGUAGGUUUUAGCGUUAGGAAGGACUGGGUGAAUAGGAGUAAAAUACAUGGUAUGGUGGUAUCUAGAAAGUUCACCUGUUCCAAGGAAGGUUUCCGACGGAAGGAUAAACGAGAUGUUAAUGUGAAGAAACACCGGAAGGAAACAAGAACUGGUUGCUUGGCACACAUGAUAAUUACUCGUCAGGUUGAUGGAAAAUAUCAAGUCACAAACUUUGUAGCAAGGCACAAUCAUGAGAAUGUAAACCCAAUUAAUGCAUUGAAAUUACAGGAAUUACCAUCACCGGGUAUGAUGGAUGUUAUUGGAGUAAGUGAAGCUGACUCAGCAGAUAUUGUUGAAAAACAAUCAAAAUUAGAAUUACAAUUGUUGGGUAGGCAAUUUGGUGCUAGAGAAAACCUUGAUUACCGAUCAAUAUAUUGUGACAGUUAUCUAAAAUCUGGACGGGGAAGACAUAUGAAGGAGGGGGAAGCAGCACAGUUGAUGUAUUAUUUUCAAAGGCAACACUUUGAAAAUCCUUCGUUCUUCUAUGCCCUACAGCUUGAUGUUGAUGAUAAGUUAAGCAACAUAUUUUGGGCUGACGAUAAUAUGGUCCUGGACUAUGAUCAUUUUGGUGAUGUGGUUUGUUUUGAUGCAGCACACAGAACAAAUGAAGAAUUAAGACCAUUUGUUCAGUUCUUCGGACUGAAUCAUCAUAGACAAGUUGUGAUCUUUGGUGCUGCACUUAUGUGUGAUGAAACCAUUGAAUCUCUCAAGUGGCUUUUCCAAACAUUUAUUGAGGCAAUGUCUGGGAAGAAACCAAAAGUCAUUUUCACAGAUCAAGAUGUGGCAAUAAUUGAAGCAAUUAAUUCAGCAUUACCAGAAACAAACCACCGCAUUUGUGUGUGGCAGAUGUACCAGAAUGCUCUUAAACAACUCAGCCAUGUUUCAGAGGAUGCGGAUUCUUUUGCUGAAGACUUGAGAAGUUGCAUCUUUGAUCAUGAGAAUGAGGAUGAUUUCAUUCAUGCCUGGGAUGUUAUGAUAGACAAAUUUAAUCUUCAGAAGAAUGAGUGGUUUCAGUCAAUGUUCGUUGAAAAAGAAAAAUGGGCUGUAGUAUAUGGAGGAAAUAAAUUUUUUAUUGACAGGACAGGAACACAUCAAGGAGAGAAUUUGUCAAAUGAAUUGAAAAAUUACCUAAAUUCUGACUUAGAAAUGCUUCAGUUCUUCAAGCAUUUUGAAAAGGUGGUAAAUGAGCAACGCUAUAAAGAACUGGAAGCUAAUUAUGAUAUGGGCAGAUGUAAACCAAGAUUGUUGGCUAAUGUAGUUUUCUUAAAGCAUGCCAGUGAUCUGUAUACACCAAAUGCAUUUGAAAUAUUCCAACGAGAAUAUGAAAGGUGUUUAAAUGUUGUUGCUAACCUGUGCAGUGAGAAUGGUUCAGUGCUCGAGUACAGAACUCAAACAUUUGGGCAGCCAAGAGAGUUCUUAGUAAGAUUUAACUCUUCUAGUGUCACGGUCACUUGCAGCUGCAUGCAGUUCAAGGUUCUUGGAAUUCUCUGUUUUCAUGCCCUAAAAGUUCUUGAUCGUGAGAACAUAAAGGUGGUCCCUGCUCGUUAUAUUUUGAAGAGAUGGACAAAAGAAGCAAGGUUUGAAAGUUUGAGAGGGAGUCAUGGAAUCUCCACUGAAGAAAACCCCAAGUUAGUUACAGCUAGCCGUUACAGACAAUUAUGCCAAAGCAUACUUAAAAUAUCUGCCAGGGCUGCUGAAUCUGGUCAAGCAUUUGACUAUGCUGCAAGACAACUUGAUGAAGUGAUGCAAGGGGUGGAAAAGAUCUUGACAUUGAAACCUUUGGAGGAAACUCAGGCUAUCACCUCAAGUAGCACAGGGGCGUGUGCUUCUGAAAGUGAAGAGCCAGAGAUUUUUCUGGAUAGAAAUGAAAUUGAGGGGCAGAGUAACAACGGCACAUUUGGGGGAAUAAAUGAAUUGGAGAUUGCCGCCACCAACAAUGGGAAAAUUGAUAAUCCCAUGGAAAAGAUCUCCAAGACCAAAAAAUCUCAGAUUUUACAUCUACUCUAUUCGGAUGCUGUCACUUCCACUUCACCCCCACCAGAAUAUGUUUCAUCUGCAUCCUCAUCCCUGAAUCCUGUGAAACAGGGUUUCUACAAUUUUGAAGCAAAUCAGGUAGUACAAUGCCUCCACCAGCCAUUUAAUAUGGCCGUGGACCAACAACCAAAUCCUGAGAUAUAUCAACCUCAAAGCAUCUUCUCUAACCGACAUGAUUCUCCUAACCAAACUCAGUUGCAUCAGUUCUUUUGUGUAGGAAUCUUUAAUUCAUAGUCCAUUCCAGGAAGCCUUAUCGCACAGAAAUCAAUUGAGGCAGGCAAUGGAUCUUGAUGUGCAACAUCCACAUUCAACAUCAUUCCAUUAUGAUCACAGAUACAGAUCAUCGAAUGCCCAAUAACUCAGCACCAAAUAGAGAUGGAAACAAUGACUCAUCUUUCCUCAUUUAACAAUGUAGAUUUUGUACAGUAUAUAUCUCCUGAUGCAUGUUUAUUUCAAUCAUAGUGGGUAACAAAAACCAUCAGUUUACUGUGCCUUUGUGUGGGUGUGUGUCACAUGAAGCAAUGUUGAAUAAAAGUAAAAGGUAACUAGCGCACUUCAAUUUUUCCGCACCUUGUCCUCCUCUUAUGUUUUCUAUUGACUUUAGGUAAUAAUAGGGAAAUACUCAAGAAAUUGUAAUCAAAUUUGGAAUAUAUAAAAAGUAUUACCUUCUAGAGAGAACAUAAAUUAUGUUCUCUUUAGAGUAAGCAAAAUGAAGGAGGUCUUGUUUGAUAUUCUGAUUAGAGUAGGCAGAAACUCUGUAGAAUUAGGCACAAAAUAAUUUAAUCUAAUACUUGGUACUCUUGCCAUAUAAAAUUCACCAUGACCCUUCUUCCAAAAGUUUGUGAGGAAAAUGAUGUCUGCAGAAAUUGUUAUCUGAAGACUCAAAACUAAACUGGUUUCGAUGCAUGCUCAUACACUUGUUGCAUGGUGCUAUUAGCUAUCUAAAUUAUUUGACUUAAAUUUACUACAUCUAUUGGCUUCAAGAGGACUCCUGAAUUUUGUUCCCAAAUCUUCCUUCUCUGAAGUUCACAGGAGGGAGUGCAUAUAAACAUUUUCAGGUAUGGAUCAAUGUCCAAACUGGUUGGGAUCACUUACUAUUAUUUCUUCUGAUUAUGGUCUCAGCCAUUUUGUUUUCUAGUCACUUUUAAGGUUGGUAUGCAGGCAGCUUCCAUGCUAUUUUUCAGCAGACAACCAUCAACACCAAAGGCAACUAUUUUCAUUGAAUGUGUGUGACCCAAAUAUUGAUUUGAAAUCCACAUCCACCUGGUAUGAUAGUUCUCCUUCCAAGCUAUCGCCGCAGGCAGGCAAUAUAGGUUUGAGAUUUUCUGCAAGAAUACAUUCCGAAGAUUCCGUACAAAAUUUUGUGUCAAGCAUGUCGAAGUAUACUUCCAGCAACUGUGACUGUCUCUCAAUCUCCCCCCCGCGGCAGUUCUGUAUGUCCUCGUUGAUGGUAGUUGUGUUCAUCCCAGGCAUUGGAUCUCAUGGAAUUGACUUCCUGUGAGUUGGUAAAUAUACUGGAAGGUUACUUUUAGAAUAUAAAUGUUCUGCUUAUAAUCAGCUAUGGACCAGACUUUCAUAGAGGAUAUCCUACUAUAUUCUUGUUAUAUAUCUCAGGCUUGUUCUCAUAUUUUUUUUUUGUUUCCAAUAAUAAAAUUGGAUGAAGAAAAUUGUUUGGUGGCAUCAUAUCAUGUGCAGGUUUAAACUUUCCUUGAUGUUUUAAUGGCAUUAUUUAUUCU